CCGGUUCUCCCCGCGGCCGGGGAAGGUCAGCGCAGUCAUGGCGUUCUUGGCGUCGGGGGCCUACCUGACCCAUCAGCAAAAGGUGUUGCGGCUUUAUAAACGGGCGCUACGCCACCUCGAGUCGUGGUGCGUCCACAGAGACAAAUACCGAUACUUUGCUUGUUUGAUGAGAGCCCGGUUUGAAGAACAUAAGAAUGAAAAGGAUAUGGCAAAGGCCACCCAGCUGCUGAAGGAGGCUGAGGAAGAAUUCUGGUACCGUCAGCAUCCACAGCCAUACAUCUUCCCUGACUCUCCUGGGGGCACCUCCUAUGAGAGAUACGAUUGCUACAAGGUCCCAGAAUGGUGCUUAGAUGACUGGCAUCCUUCUGAGAAGGCAAUGUAUCCUGAUUACUUUGCCAAGAGAGAACAGUGGAAGAAAUUGCGGAGGGAAAGCUGGGAACGAGAGGUUAAGCAGCUGCAGGAGGAAACGCCACCUGGUGGUCCUUUAACUGAAGCUUUGCCCCCUGCCCGAAAGGAAGGUGAUUUGCCCCCACUGUGGUGGUAUAUUGUGACCAGACCCCGGGAGCGGCCCAUGUAGAGAGAGAGAGAGAGAGAGAGACCUCAUCUUUCAUGCUUGCAAGUGAAAUACAUUACAGAACAUGCACUUGCCCUAAUAAAAAAUCAGUGAAAUGGUC